AGAGUUGGCAAUAAUAAUUCUCUCUCAGUCUCUAUUUUUUCUCUCUCUCUAUUUAUCUCUCGAGUGGGUUUAUGAGUUUUAAAUUUUAAUAUUUUAAGUUUAUUAAGUAGGAUUUUUAACACAAAUAUAAGUUUUGGGAAGAACUAUAACUUCGCCUCAGCAUCAAACCCAUGCUUAAUUCCAGGAUGUUUUGAGACAAUCUACUAGGGUUUACAAGUAGUAUCAAAUUGUGCAAAAAGGAGUUACAGCUCUUUUUAAGUACAAUUAAUUUUAUUGAGAUUUAAUUAGAGAAAAGAAUAUCAAGAAGAAGAAGAAGAAGAUGGGUUUUUGGACAUUAUUUGAGGUGGCAUCGAUGCCAAUAUUGCAAGUACUCCUCAUAAGUAUUUUAGGUGCUUUAAUGGCCACUGAUUACCUCAAGCUUCUUCACUCUGAUGCCCGAAGGUCCCUUAAUAAAAUCGUGUUCGUGGUAUUUACGCCUUCUUUAAUGUUUGCAAGUUUGGCAAAGACUGUCACAUUGGACGACAUCAUCUCAUGGUGGUUUAUGCCCAUUAAUAUAGGGCUAACUUUUCUAGUUGGAGGAAUUCUUGGGUGGUUAGUUGUGAAAAUACUGAAGCCAGAGCUACAUUUAGAAGGACUCAUUAUUGCUACAUGCUCAGCAGGUAAUUUGGGGAACCUUCUUUUGAUAGUAAUUCCAGCAAUUUGCAAGGAGAAAGGUAGCCCAUUUGGUGAUCAUGGAAUUUGUGCCUCUGUUGGUCUGUCAUAUGCCUCUUUCUCCAUGGCAGUUGGUGGUUUCUACAUUUGGACCUACACAUACCAUUUAAUAAGAAGCUCAUCUGUGAAAUUUAAAGCACUUAAAGCAGCUGAGGAAGAUGCUUUGAAGAAACCAAAUAACGAUUUAGAUGCAAAUGAGAAAUCUCAUCUUCUUGAAGAUGAUGUUGCUGUUAGCAUUACACCAACAAAUUCAACUGCAUAUGACCCAGAAAAUCAAACUAAAACAUGUGAAAAAGCAGACAUGGAACCAAAGAAAGAGGAAGUAACAUCAUGGAGUAAAUUUUUGCACAAAAUUGUGGAGGAGCUAUUGGCACCUCCAACAGUUGCAGCAAUUAUAGGACUUAUAUUUGGUUCAGUAACAUGGUUGAAAAACCUGAUUAUUGGUAGUGCUGCUCCCCUUAGAGUUAUCCAAGACUCAGUCAAAUUACUUGGGGAUGGGACCAUUCCAUGUAUUACUCUUAUACUAGGAGGAAACCUCACCCAAGGAUUAAGGAAGGCAAAAGUGAAACCAAUGAUCAUAAUAUCAGUGGUGUGUGUACGGUAUAUAUUCAGUCCUCUAGUAGGAAUUCUAGUUCUUAAAGCAGCUGGAAAACUAGGGUUCCUUGCAGCAGAUCCCCUUUACAAAUUUGUGCUAAUGAUUCAAUACACAUUGCCACCCGCCAUGAAUAUCGGAACAAUGACACAAUUAUUUGAUGUAGCACAAGAAGAGUGUUCAGUCCUUUUCUUGUGGACUUAUUUAGUUGCAGCAUUUGCACUCACCAUUUGGUCCACUGUAUUUAUGUGGUUGUUGUCCUAAUCGUCACGAGAGGACAAUAACUAUAAUUACGUCUCAAUCCCAAACAAGUUGGUGUCAAACAUGAUUGUCACAAGACAAAGAUGAAAAUAGGUCCUUUUUGUCCCCCUCUACCCCCUAGCAAAAAUGGGGUCCGUUGAAGUAAAUCUCCAUACACAUCCUACUAUGGGAAAAAAUUUGCGAGAUAUAUCCUAUGGAAUUAGGAACUAGAAAUAUGACCAUCCGUAUAGAUAUAAUAUAUAUACUAGUGUGUGUGACGAUUAUUUUGGUCUUUUUUCCUCCUUUUUUUAUUGUUAGUAAUUAUCAUGUCUAGCUUCAAUUCUUUUCAAGUAAUAUAUGUGUCUUCCUUCAGAGGGUGGUUGGAAAUAUUAUAUAGUUAUUAUAUUUCAUGGGAUUGUCCUUUGAA